GCUCAAUAAGCUAAAGGCAGUAACUGCGAUCAGCAAGCUAGUAGGUAGCAAGCGGUAAAAAUUAAAAAUACGAGCGUGCUAUAGAAGCAGAUGAGCAGUUGAAAAUAACAGUAGUAAUAAGUAAAAAAUACUAGUAAAACAAAUGAAAUAAAUGUAUCAACUCUUAAUGAUCAAAUUGAAAAAGUGAUGUUACGAAAAUAGUUUGUGUAAAUUGAUUUAAAUAGAAAUAUUUCUAUACGCUUUUUAAAAAAUAAAAUUAUGCAUUUGUUUAGAGUUAUGCGCUAAAAAUUAAUCACAUCAAAUACUCGUGCAUAAAAAUACUUACAGUUAUUUUUGAAAGUUUUGAUUAAAAAGUGAAACAAAACAAAGUUCAAGAAUAAAGUCAAGAAAAAAAGGAUACAAUAACAAAUUUAAAAUACAAAGUAACAAAAUGGCACAAUUGAAAUUCAUAUCCGUUUGGCUGGUAAUGGCCACCUGUGUGUUAGUGAACUUAACGGAUGUAAACGCUUCCACCGAAUAUAACCAUUACUUGGCACAUAUUUUUCAAAAGUAUGGCAACGGCGGGACCAUGUCUUUCGAGGGUCUUGAACAUUUAAUGUAUAGUUUGGGAUUGGGGCAAAUUGAAUUUGAAGCUUCGCACACUAUAGACGAGCACCAUCCAAACGGAUUUGCGAAUAACUUUAAAGAUCAUGAGGAAAUGAAAUCGUACAUGGACAUACAAACAAUAAAACUGCUGCCAGAUGAAGACGAUGUUCAAAUCACUCAGAAAAAAACACAGGAAAAAACUAAUGGCCAUGAAAAUGAUAGUCAAAAAGAUAAAAAUAUUAUUUUGGAGUUUAAAGAAAUGCACGAUCCCAAACACAGACAUCCUCGAGAAAACGAAGCCACAUUUGAUGGACCUCCAUUGUCUGCGAAUGUUUGUUUAUCGCCGAAAUCCCUUUUGCGUUUAGUUGUCGACCACGAUGAUUUGCAUAAACGUAAAUUGUAUAAAACCUUUACGUCGUCUUCCGUAGCUGCGUCAUCCUUAAACGGAAAGAUGGAAGUAAAUAAUCACGAUCAUGAUUUGGAAGAGGAGUACAAUCAUUUCAUUAACAAUGUUCGUUUAACGCCAGUGGCUUUUAUGAAACUGUGUCCAGCUCUAUUGGCUCAAAUAGAUCAACAAGUGUGUAUACUGUCUCUGCCUUUGACGCAUGACAAUUCUAAUAAAGGAGUUUUAUGGAAUGCUUGGAUUUACGCAAGUGCUUCAAUUUUUAUACUCUCAGCAUGUGGACUCUUGGGAAUACUCUUAGUGCCUUUAAUGAAGACGGUAGCUUAUCAAGAAAUACUCAACUUUUUGGUAGCUGUUGCAGUAGGAACACUAAGCGGCGACGCUUUAAUGCAUCUUAUUCCUCACGCUUUGGCUAGUCAACACUCAGCACCCGAAUCCCAUGAACAUCAACAUAAAGAGGAAUCCUCACAUAAGCAUGAUACAAGUGUGAUAUGGAUUUGUGCUUGUGCCUUUUUCACUGCCCUAUUUAUGUACAUUAUUGAAACGAUCUUGCCGUUGUUAAAAGGUGAUAAUGCUGAAGGAUCUCAUGGACAUAGUCAUCAUAGUCACAGUCAUCCACCAACACAGAAGAAUAAUGAAAAACCAUUAAGUAAUCCAAUGCCUUCAUUAGGCUCUGAAAAGGCCGCCGAGCCUGCAACAGCCGAUGUACGGGAAUUGAAUAUUAUGUUAAAUGAGGCCAAAAUUGAUAUGAAAAAGCCUUCAAGACCUUUAACGCCUGUUGCUUUUAUGGUCGUCAUUGGUGAUGGUUUGCAUAAUUUAACCGAUGGCUUAGCUAUAGGUGCAGCAUUUGCCUCUGAUCCGGUGACCGGCUUGGCAACAGCAUUUGCUGUUCUUUGUCACGAAUUGCCGCAUGAGUUGGGCGAUUUUGCUCUGUUGCUUCAAACUGGUGUCUCCAUUCGACGAGCCAUUUGCCUUAAUAUUGUCAGUUCAGUUUUAAGUUUCGUUGGCAUGGCAAUUGGCCUUUUAAUAGCUAAUCUACAUACAAAUAUGACCCAAUGGAUAUAUGCAGGAACAGCCGGUUCUUUUCUAUAUAUAGCUUUUGCCGAUUUAGUUCCAGCAAUGGCGAACGAAGGCAAUGGAAAAUUGAAAAGUUCAUUAGUACAAGUUUUAGGUAUCAUUAUUGGUGGCCUAAUAAUGUUAGUCAUAGCCAUUAAUGAAGAUGAAUUAGAAGAACUGUUCAACUAAUAUAAUAAUAAUAAUAAUUAAUAUAAUUAUAACGCCUAUUUUGUGCCAAGUAUUACUAUGUUAUACAAAGUAAAUGUCCUCUCAUCGUCUUAGUAAUUAAGAAUUAGUUUUUAACUUUAUCCAUAGAAAACUUAAGAAACAUACGAACAAUUUAAAUACAUAGUUUUAAGUAAAACGAAUUUGUAAAAUUUAAUUUUUUAAUUUCAAUUAAAAAUCUAUAAUAAAAUACUAUUUACGAAAUUAAACAGCUUAAUAUACGACCAAAAUAAAUAAUUUGAAUGUAAAAACAUCAAAAAA